AUGGCAGCCACACGCGACGUCACCCACCUCACCGACAUCAGCAAGGGCCUCGCGGAGGCGGACGGCUCGUUCAAGCGCAAAGCGUCGACCUUCCGCAGGUUCAUCGAGAAGGGCGGCGAGUUCGAGCCUGAGAAAGGCCGGUACCAUCUCUACGUCGCGUAUUCCUGCCCGUGGGCGACGCGAACUCUGAUCGUGCGGAAGAUUAAGGGCCUCGAAGAGAUCGUAGGGGUCACCAUCGUGUCUCCGCUGUUCAGCGCGCAUGGGUGGCCGUUCGGGGACGUCUCGCCCUUCCCUGGUGCCGAAGCCGACCCCUUCUACAACGCCCAGUACGUCAGGGAUCUGUAUCUCCGCGCGGACCCCAAAUACGAGGGCCGCUUCACCGUCCCCGUGCUCUGGGAUAAGAAGACGGAGACGGUGGUGAACAACGAGAGCUCGGAGAUCAUCCGCAUCUUCAACACCGCCUUCAACGAGUUCCUGCCCGCAGACAAAGCUGCGAUCCACCUCUACCCGGAGGCUCUCAAGAGUGAGAUCGACGAGAUUAACGAGUGGGUGUACGAUACCGUGAACAAUGGUGUAUACAAGGCCGGGUUUGCGACGACUCAGCAGGCGUACGAAGCGGCGGUCAUCCCGCUCUUCGAGUCGCUCGACCGCCUCGAGAAGAUUCUCACUGGCAAGGAUUACCUGGUCGGAGAUCAGCUUACCGAGGCAGACGUCCGGCUCUUCGUGACGAUCAUACGCUUCGAUCCGGCGUACGUCGGACACUUCAAGUGCAACCUUCGCACUAUCCGCGACGGGUACCCUGCGAUCCACCUAUGGCUCCGCAAGCUGUACUGGAACAACUCGGCAUUCUCGGAGACGUGCAAGUUUGACCAUAUCAAGGCGAGCUAUUACGCGCAGAAGAAUGUCAACCCUACCCUGGUUGUCCCUUUGGGUCCCAUCCCGAACAUCUUGCCUUUGUGAAUGCUAGCGACUCUGCAAGUUUGGUUUCUAGAGAGAAAGAAUGUCAGACGAAGGAUUUCCGGUGAAGGGUUUUGUAGAUAAGAUAACCACGUGGG